AAUAUGAGCUAGUGCGUCGUCGUAGGAAAUUCACGCUCAAGCGCAAAGAAGCUGACGUGCUUGCGGAGGUCUUGGCGUUCGCCUCCGCGUCUUGCAGUAGUAGGCUGCUUGAACUGUGAGUCUUUCGAUCUGCAUUCCGUGAAUGGAUAAACCAUACGGUAUAUGGAAUAAACCUGGAACUUCCACCGGGGAUUAUGAAGAGUAUUAACUUCAUAUCAUAUGGUGAUGUUUCGUGAGAAUCCUCCUGACUCCUGUAUGUCGUUUGAAACUUGCCAAAUGGACAUCUCAUUUAGAUUCAACUUGGGCUGCUAUGAAGCUUCGAUCGGCGUUGCACUCGCUGCAAAUCAUUGACAGUCACAGAAAAAGAUAAGAAGGGAAUUUGCUAAUAAGGGAUCGUGUCAAUCAUAGGCUACUCUAUUGAAUUGUCCUCCACUCAUUUACCGCGGAAAAUAGAUGCCAACUGCGGGCUAUCGAAACACAAUAGGAAUAAGUCUUCAACCAUUUGAACACCACCUUAAAAGUGGGAAAAACGAGGGAUACGACGAGACGCGGGAGAAAGGAUGCAGUCGGGAAAGGGAAUGAAGAAGCUCUCGGCAGGUGGAGGAGCGUCGCUCUGCUGUCUGUUGCUCUUGUGGGUCAUCUACUCACAUCUCCUGAGAGAGGGCCAGUUGGCGGUGGGCACAUGUGAGAUCGUGACGCUCAACAGAGACAGCAGCGUGCCCAGGCGCACCAUCGACCGUCAGACUGCCCGCUGUGCCUGCAGGAGAGGCCAGAUCGCUGGCACCACGCGAGCCAGGCCUGCCUGCGUCGACGCGCGUAUCGUGAGGGGCAGACAGUGGUGUGAGAUGGCACCCUGCUUGGAGGGGGAGGUGUGUGGCCUCCUCUUCAACCGCUCUGGCUGGACCUGUACCAAAGGCAGUGGCCGUAUCAAGACAGUCACGCCCUUGCCUAAGGAGCCAUCGUAAGAAGUUAAGAACUCAGUGGGUAGGUUUAUUGCCAGUCAUGGCAGAAGGGGAACAGAGGCCAAUGACCAGGCAAGCACAGUUUGUGUCCAUUCGCCAAUUUUGUGCUCAAACCACUACUACCCCCCCUCCCCCACACCACCACCACCAAUCAGAGGAGCCCUACUAUGUGACAGUGACACUCCUCUUCUCCCUCAUUGGUCCAAAAGUCCGUACCUGCCCAUGAAAGCAACUCGCCACAGCAUCGUUAUUGGAACCAUAUCACAAACUGAAUGACAAAUCCUACUGUAUAUAACCUGUGUUGUUUCAGCACGGCAAGCAGGAUAGGACUGGGAGUCUAAACAUGUGUAAGGAAACCAUUUCGCCACCUACCCCUAUGGAACACAAUGUGAAGGCAUUUUUGGUAACUUGGUUUAAACUAGUCCACAGUUAUUUUAUGAGUACUGAUACGAGAGCCAUUCAGGGUCUUUUCACUCACGUAAAUAGUCUGUUUGGUGAAGGCGUUGGUUUGUCCUAUUGAAGAGCCAUGAUAGGUUUGGUGGACACAGGAGGUUAGUGAAACCAGGAUAUGAUGCCAAUGGGUGCCAGUCUUUAGCCAUAUUUCUCCAUCCUCUAAGACACACCACCAUCUGUCUUGGCUAUCUGAGGGAUUGGGUUCCAAGAGGUUUUGGGAUGAAAAUAUAUAGAGAAAAGGAGGAAAUCCCAUGUGAGUAUCAUGCUCUUCUCUUGUCGUCAAUCUCUACAGUGAAAGAAGGAUCAAAUAUAUGAUAUACAUUUACACUUCUGGAGGAGAAACUUUUGGAUGGAUUGUCAGUGACUAUCUAACUUGACAUUGACAAAGCUUUGUUUAUCUGGUGCCUACGACUGAUGGGACCGUUGCAAGUAAGGAUUCCCUAAUACUGUCUGUGGAGAAACCACCCACGUGACAUCACUCUACUAUAGGAGAUCUUUAUGAGACACUUACACACUUACUGACAGACUACACCUGCCUGGCUCUUUAUCCUGUGUUCUAAUUAUUUUGUGUGUGUGUGCGUGCGUCUGGGUGUCUGUGCCUCCUGAUAUACACUGUGAAAUGGGAAAUAGUUGACACAAUCUUGUUCUUAAGUUUGACACAUCCAGUACUGUACUUCUGUCAGAACUGUACCUGAAGCUCACUAUCUUGCAAACUGGUAUAAUCAUGUUUUAGGGGAUGCUCAUUGAUUUAAAGCUGGAAUCCGUACUUGGUGGAGCUGCCACGUCCGUUUGCGUUAAUUAAAGAAAGUUACUUCAAACAAUGAGCACUGUUUUUCCCUCGGACAUCACUGCACAUCACUGCACGCCCGAUAGAACAGCAGAGCAUUUACUGCAAUCUUCUUUUACCACAAUGCCAGAUGCUCAGCUCCUCCGUUUCACCAACAAAACAAAAAACGAUAACAAAAGCUCUGUGUCGAGCUUUAAAUUUCAGCUUUAAAGCAUCAUACAGAGGAGUCAUAUGUUUUUAAUACAAAACGUGUAUUUAUAUUGAAAGAUCUAUGUCACAUAAGGUAAAAGCAGUAAUAAUAGUCAAUGUGUAGUACUGAUUCAUUAUUUCAAAGUUAUGUUUUAAAUUGCCUAUCUUUUUAUAUGAAAUAGAUGUAUGGAGGUAUGCUACUUGCAAAGUGCUGCUGUUUAUAUUGUGUGUAAUGUAUACAUUCACUGUAUAAUGUCCCAUGGAUAUUCCCAAUUUAAUUUAUGUUACGAGAGAGAGUGAGUGUCACAGAAUGAAUGAGACCAUAAGGACAUUGUAUAUCACUGAAAUUGAGUUAUUAUUUUUCACCAGAAAGAUAUACUUACUGUAUGUUAAUUUUCUGUAUGUUAAUUUACUGUAUGUUAAUAUACUGGAUGCUCCUUUGAGUGACAUGGGGAUGAAAAGGGCCUUCCAUCCCUGGGGCUAAUGUAAUUGCCUUUAAGUGUGUGUGCAUAUAUGUGUGUAGGUGUGCAUGAGUGUGUGUGUGUGCUUGCGUGUAUGUGUGUGUGUGCAUGUCUAUGAGCGCAGGUGUGGGUGUGCGCACACAUGUUCACUGUGUCCAUUUGUGUGUGCUUGACUGGUGUGUGAAGAGAGCACUAUGAUUUUCAUCUAAUUACACUUAACUUGAAUUACUCCCAGCUGUACCCAUGUCCUUUCUUUCACUAUUUUGUCUUCGUUUUUUUUUAACCAACACAAAUAAAAUGUCCCCUUGAUUUGAUCUGA